GCCCGGAGGCAGGUCGGGGUCCAGCGCCGCUCGGAUUGAUUCGCCGUCCGCACCAUGAAGAUGCAUUUCUGCAUCCCGGUGUCCCAGCAGCGGCCCGACGGGCUGGGGGGCCGCUACGUGCUGUAUUCCGUGUACCUGGACGGGUUCCUCUUCUGCCGGGUGCGCUACAGCCAGCUGCACCGCUGGAACGAGCAGCUGAAGCGGGUCUUCGGAAAUUGCUUGCCGCCCUUUCCACCAAAGUACUAUCUGGCAAUGACCACCUCUAUGGCCAAUGAGAGGAGAGACCAGUUGGAACAAUACUUACAAACUGUAACUGCAGACCCAGAUGUGUUGAGAAGUGAUGUCUCCAUUGAGUUUUUAAGGCUCGUCCAGCUGAGGACUUUCAACAUUCUGACCCAGAAAGCAUCUCUGGAUGUGUUUCUGCCCGAUGGAAGGAGCAUGAAAGUAGAUAUUCUAACAUCAGAUACUGCCGAAAGAGUCCUAGAGGUGGUGUCUCAUAGACUGGGACUGUGUCGGGAGCUGAUAGGUUACUUUGGACUCUUUCUCCUUCAGUUUUGCAAGAAUGGCAAGCUAUCUGUUGUGAAAAAGUUGGCGGACUUUGAGCUCCCUUACGUUAGUCUUCAGAGUUCUGAAGUGGAAAACUGUAAAGCUGGACUCAGAAAGUGGUACCUGGAUCCAGCCCUCGACUCCAUGCUGAUGGACUGCAGAGCAGCAGUAGAUUUGCUGUAUAUGCAGGCUGUGCAAGACAUUAAAACAGAAUGGGCCAAACCCACACCAGCCCAGAGGGAGGAAUUAGAGGCUCUCCUAAAGGAAGACAAUCAAACAAAGUUUUUAGAGCUGUCCCAGGAUGUCCAGCAUUAUGGAUGCAUGCAACUGGAUCCUUGUACCUGUGACUCUCCAGAACCUGGCUGUGGGGUGGUCCUUUCUGUUGGUAAUAACGCCAUCAGCUGCUGCAUAACCCUGCCUGACAACCAGACCCAGGAAGUCCUUUUCCAGAUGAGCAGGGUGAAGUGCUGGCAGGUCACUUUCCUGGGCACUCUGCUGGAUAUGGAUGGGCCUCAGCGAACUCUCAACCAGAACUUAGAGCUCAGAUUUCAGUACAGUGAGGACAGUCGCUGGCAGUGGUUUGUUAUUUACACCAAGCAGGCUUUUCUGCUAAGUAGCUGCUUGAAAAAGAUGGUAUCAGAGAAGAAGGUAAAACUGGCUGCUGAGAAUCCAGAAAUGCAGAUUGAAGUUCCAGAACAAGGCAAAAGUAAAAGACACCAGGUUCAACAAAGCCAGCAGAAAAACAAUUCUAGUUUUCUGUCAAGAAAGAGCAAGAUUAAGAGAGCUGUUGAUGACUGUGUUUUUGGGACCAUAAAGGAAGAAGAUCUUUGAAGAAAAGCCUCACCUUAAAAAUAACAUUUUGGGGCCUGGGAAGGUGGCUCAGUGGUAGAGCG